UUCUGGGAACUCGCCUCUUGGGUUCCCAAAUCCUUGUACCCCAUACUCUUACGUUACGCGAUUGCUACCUUUACCUCCGUCGCGUUACAGAACAUACUGGCGAUGGCUGGAUUUAUGAUUAGAUUGUAUGUUCUGGUGCUGGUUUCCUUGUUGUUUCAAGAGUGCUUGGCUGCUACAUUUACGUUGGCGAACAACUGCGACUAUACGGUGUGGCCCGGGGUGCUCUCGAGCGCCGGCGAUGCGGCGCUCGCCACGACGGGAUUCGCCUUGGAGACGGGACAGUCGAAGAGCCUCGACGCGCCGGCAACGUGGUCGGGCCGCUUCUGGGGUCGCAACCUCUGCUCCACUGACUCCGCCGGUAGGUUCAGCUGCGGGACCGGCGACUGCGGGUCCGGUGAGUUGGAGUGCUCCGGCGGCGGCGCGGCUCCUCCAGCCACGCUGGCCGAGUUCACCCUGGGCGGUGGCGGGGGUGGAAUGGACUAUUACGACGUGAGCCUGGUGGACGGCUACAACCUGCCGAUGCUGGUGGCGCCGCAGGGCGGCUCCGGCGGGGAUUGCGGCUCCACGGGGUGCGUGAUGGACCUCAACGGGGUGUGCCCAUCGGACCUGAAGGUGGUAGCGCGGUCGAGCGCCGGGGCCGGUGAGGGCGUGGCGUGUAAGAGCGCGUGCGAGGCCUUCGGGUCGCCGCAGUACUGCUGCAGCGGCGUCUACAGCAACCCCGCCACCUGCACGCCGUCGCCCUACUCCCAACUCUUCAAGAACGCCUGCCCGAGGGCGUACAGCUACGCGUUCGACGACGCCACCUCCACCUUCACCUGCUCCUCUGCCGACUACCUCAUCACCUUCUGCCCCAGCACCACCAGUCAGAAGUCCACCGCCCAGAACCCGGAUGCGACCGGCAGGCAGCACUCGAGCGACGACGGCGGGUGCCCGAUGCUGAUCCUCGGCGACGAUUUCAGCGGUGCCGCGCCGGCCGUUGCGCGCGCCGCCGCACUUGCCGCUACUUCUCUCGCAAGUCUCGCCUUGCGUGGCCACUUUGAGCAUCCAUAUCCCUAGUGAGCAUCUGAGAGGAGACAGUGAAGAAGAGAGAGACGGCAUACGCUAUAUCUAAAUUUGCCAUCUGUUCAUCGAUGGCGACGGCUAGACCAUACUGACGAAUGAUGCAGUUGUAAGGUGGUCGAUUACCACUGUUUUGCUAUAGAAUUAGAUUGGAUACAUUUCUCUUUCAAGCAUGGGGUAUCACGGAGGCGUCACUCUCCGGGAUGUUAACGCGAGAGGCGUAGAACAAAAGGCAAAGGCAUGCCGGUGAAAUGUUAUCAAAACUUAUCAGAAUCUCGAAUUGCCUUUUUCUUCUCC